AUGUUUAGACAAUCAUUAUUCUUUUUAGUAUUAUCUGUUAUUUUGGCAACAACCUAUGCUGGUUACACUUGUCCAAAGCCAUGUUAUGGAAAUAUGUGUUGUUCAAUUCCAUCAGAUAAUCAAUAUUAUUUAACUGAUUUCUGUGGUUCACAAUCUGCAUGUGGUCCAAUUCCAAGUUGUUCUGGUGGUAAAUACUUUACUGCUGAUGCACAAAGAUUUGGUUGCAGUAAAUAUUUGAAUGUUUGCCGUAACUCCAAUAAGAAAUGUAUUAAAGCUCAAGUUAUCGACUCUGGUCCCGCUAUGUGGGUUGAACAAAAUGCUGGUCGUGCUAUUAUCGACGGUUCACCACAAUUGUGCAAAGAUCUUUUCGGUGCUAGCUCAUGUGGAUGGAGUGAUAAGUUCUCGAUCACCGCUACCAUUGCCAGUGCUAAAGACACCAGACCAUUGGGUCCAUUCAAUGUCACCGAUGCUGAAUUCGCUCAAAUGUUGGUAGACCACAAAGUUGAAUUAGAGUCAUGUAUGGCUUCAAACGAAUGUGCUGCUCAAGAGUAA